AUGUCCGGAGACAACGAAGCUGAUUUGCUGAACACCACCGUCGACUCAAACCUUGGGAUCACCGAUCGUAAGGCAAUGAAAAAUCCAAACCCUAGGUUUUUUGCAGCAUCUCUCACAGAGAUCAUCGUUGGAUCACAGUUUUCCGGAAUGCUAUACACUCCGAAUGCACCGGUAUUUGUUAAAAUAAUUGGCAUCAAUGAAUCGGGACAUUCGGUUGGGAGUAAGGACCAACCACCAAGUUCAACCACUCACCAUCACAGAAGAUUCCGAUUUUCGGAUUCCAGUUGGUAUCUCAUCAAAGUAACACAUGGGAAAUACGAAUGGACAAUGAAGAAGACAAUAGCCGAAUUCGGCACAAUGAACAGUGCUGUUCGAAAUCAACUACGAGUUCGGGUUUUGCUUACCCUGGGACGUGGCAAACGAGUUCACGUCCCAUACUUUCCAUCAAAACUGGACAUUCUCUUCCGCGGGAAAAUGGCAGAACGAAAAGUAAGUCUUACCUAUUCACAAUGGAUUUUCCCCAUUAAGGGUAUCCUGGAAGAGUACCUCCAAGGCGUGAUGGCCUGUGAUAUAUUGAGAACAAUGGAUGCAGUCAUAAGAUUUUUCGAGAUAUCGCCAGUCUCCUUCCACGAGCGACUUGGUCUGACAAAGUGGAAAGAAGACUACGUGCACAAACUCAGCUCGAACAGGCUCCUACCGCUAUGUUGUACCAACAAAUUUUGUAGACAGUCAAGAUGGCUAGUGAUAAAAGAUACUUAUCUACUCUACCUAAAAAGAUCCGUCAAAACGGACCAAUCAGUUGAGGAGAUGGACAUUGAACGCUUCUUUCAAACUGGAGCCUUUAUGAAUAAAGUGAAGCGACAAUGGAGGUUUUGCAAAGUUCUACUCAUGGAUCAGUCGUUUGCCUUCAUUAGAAAGGUUGAAACUAAUGCGAGGAAUUACUACCUGAAGGUCUACAACACACAUGGGCGCUUGAUUUUCGCUUGCCAAAGUGAAUGGCAUCUACAGAACUGGGUCGACGAAUUGGCUACGGUGCUAAGUACAGAAGGAGCGCGAGAUUAUGUGGAUGAUCACCGUUUUGGUUCCUUUGCCCCUCCACGACCCAAUACACAUGUCACCGUUUUCAUUGAUGGUGCAUGCUAUAUGGAGGCGGUGGCCAAAGCAAUCGCACAAGCUAGGUAUGAAAUUUUCAUAACCGAUUGGUGCAUGAAUCCUGAAAUAUUUCUUCGACGCCCCGUCAAUUCGAACACAUGGAGACUGGACAAACUGCUGCAGGCCAAAGCUGAACAAGGCGUCUGCGUAUGCAUCAUGUUGUACAAUGGAAUCGAAGGUAUCGUCCCGUUCUCCAGCGUUCAAACGGCACGUUAUCUACACAGUCUUCAUCCAAAUAUCCACGUAUAUUUCUCGCCAGUACGCAUAAUGUUUUGGUCGCACCAUGAGAAAAUGGUUUCGGUUGAUCAGUCCGUGGUUUUUAUGGGUGGUAUUGAUCUUUGCUUUGGUCGCUGGGACACUGUGGACCAUCGGUUACAAGAUGUUCUCAAAACCAGCACUGUCGUGAAGCUGGAGCCUCCCUCCCCUAUAAGCUCCUUUAAAUACAUGGAUUCGGGAAAACAGCGAGUAUCACUAGGUACAGAUGCACCAAGGUAUAAAAGUCCGUCACAAAUCAAAUCAACACAAAAACGCAGAACCUCCAUCUGGCGUCUACCCAAACCCUUUAGUGGAAAAAACUUAACAGUCCAAGACCGCCGAGCACCUCGGUCCUCUCGUGCUCCGCUGGAUCAGGCAGAAUCUACUGAAGAUUCGGCAGUCCAUCGAAGAUUUACUCUCAUGUUUCAGCGGUUCGGAAAGAAAGUACAUGCCAUUUUUUCAAAGGCUGAUGCAAAACCGCACAGUGCAGAGGAUUAUGUGGAGCUGAAUGAAGACGCAGACUUGAAAUACCUGGAAGCUGAGUGGGGCUCACACCGCGAAGACUCCGGUGCUUACAACAACUUUGGUUUUGAAGGGGAAGAGGACGAACAAUUGGACGAAACUGAAAAAGCCGAGAUGGUCGAUCUGGAUCAACUGUGUGAACUGGGUACGCGGUGCACAUGGAUUGGACAAGACUACGUUAAUUGGAUGCUGGCGGAACCGUCACCAAAGCUGCACGCGGGAGCAGAUACUGUGGACCGCAUGAUAACGCCUCGGGUUCCUUGGCACGAUAUCGGAUGUGUUUUGUCCGGACGCAUUGCUGCCGACUUCUCGCGUCAUUUUAUCCAGCGAUGGAAUGCUAUUCGGGUACUGAGAGAUACUGUGGACCGCAUGAUAACGCCUCGGGUUCCUUGGCACGAUAUCGGAUGUGUUUUGUCCGGACGCAUUGCUGCCGACUUCUCGCGUCAUUUUAUCCAGCGAUGGAAUGCUAUUCGGACUAGCCGUAUCAAAACCACCACUAAAGGUACUGCUGAACGAGCUAAGCGCCGUCGCAAACCACUGCUUCUGCCAACCUACCGCUGUGUACCAUGGACAGAAAGUGAGCUGAAGACAGUCCUACUUGAUCCCCGGCAGUCCUCGGUGGUCCAAGCCCAAGCAUUACGUAGCUGCAGUAAUUGGUCACUCGGUGUUCCAGCUGGAAACACGCGAAGAGGCACUCGAAAUGAGUUUCGGCAGUUUAUCAAAGGUGCACCCAGUACGGGCUCAGAGUCCUCUCAUGCAACCAGGGUCACUGAAAUUGGUUUGGAAUCCUCCAUAAUCUCCGCCUACGUGGAAUGCAUUCUAGAAGCGAAACGGUUUAUAUACAUUGAAAACCAGUUUUUUAUCAGUUUCCUUACGAUACCGGAAGAUAUCUUGGACGGAAGCAUAUCACGGCCUCAUUCAACUCAAAGUGUGGUAUCCAUCGGAGACUAUGAUCCAUAUCACCUCCUGCCUCCCGGAUGUGAGACAACCGUGAAGAAUCGCUUGGUCGAUGCGUUGUAUCUUCGAAUAUUAAGGGCACAUCGAGAAAACACGCCCUUCCGGGUCUUCAUUCUGCUCCCGCUGAUCCCAGGUUUUACCGGAACCUACGGUGAUCCAAAAUCGUACAGCCAACACAAAAUUCUCUACUACCUUCGACUCAGUCUCUUUGUGGGUGAUACUGCACUUCUACCCAGACUGCGUAAAAGUGAGAUAGAUCCGGAUAACUACGUUUCUAUUUGUGGGUUGCGUACGUAUGACGAGUGGCCCGGAGGAGAGUUGAAAUCGGAGAUCAUUUACAUUCACAGCAAAUUCAUGGUGGUUGAUGACUGCAAAAUGAUCAUCGGUUCUGCAAACAUCAACGAUCGCAGUUUGCGUGGCAAACGAGAUAGCGAACUGGCAGUACUUAUUGAGAAGAAUCCAGCUGGCCAGCAUUCCCCCGUGGAAGUCUGUCCUUUUAUCCGUCGUGUACGACGCAGUCUGAUGGCCGAACAUUUGGGCGUCUUGCCUACGCUACAACGCGGCUUUCAGGGCGAAUGGCCAGAUGAACUGCUGGAUGACCCUGUGUGUGACGAAUUUUUCAACACGAUUUGGAAGGCGACAGCCGAUAAAAAUGCAGAGAUAUUCGAACAGGUUUUCAAUGCGAUUCCUGCAAACCGACUGAAAUGUUUCAGUGAUUGUCGAGUACAUCGGGACCAACUGCCGCUCUCCAUAACAGAUCCGGAUAGAGCUAAAGCAAUGGUUAAACAAAUCAGAGCAGCGGUGGAAAAUGUUGCUCCUGCGAUUAUCUGGACCUAGAAUAUGUCCUUGCCCUGCUGACUCAUUUCCCAUCUGCAAGAGCCUUCAUCUUCAUUACCGUCCUACUUUUCUCUAUCUGUCAACCGUUUUUGGGUGAUAGACGUCAUUUGAGAAUUGUCUGUAUCGCUCUAUUUGAAACAUUUAUUGAAUCGGAACAGGCUAAACUCUGUGCUGUUGUACAAAACAUUGAACCUGUCCGUACGUGUGUUGUUAUGAAUCUAUCUUUUCCGACUUUUCCAGUGAUUCUGCUUUCUUGGUCGUGGUCCCCAAAUGCAGUGCCCUUCCUCCAGGAAAAACAAAAAAUGCGUGUCUG